AUGGCCGCCCACCAGGAGCCGGCGUCGUCGGGGGGUGGGCCUCCACGGCGCCCUCGCGUCCUCCUGGCGGCCUCCGGCAGCGUGGCCGCCAUCAAGUUCGAUGGCCUCUGCCGCAGCGUCGCCGAGUGGGCGGACGUCCGCGCGGUGGCGACCGCGUCCGCUCUGCACUUGAUCGACGAGGCCUCCUUCCCCGACGGCGUCCCGCUCUACACCGACGACGACGAGUGGUCCCGCUGGAGGCGGGUCGGCGACGAGGUCCUGCACAUCGAGCUGCGCCGGUGGGCAGACGCCCUGGUCAUCGCUCCGCUCUCGGCCAACACCCUCGCCAAGGUCGCCGGCGGGCUGUGCGACAACCUCCUCACCUGCGUGGUGCGCGCCUGGGACUACAGCAAGCCCGUCUACAUCGCGCCGGACAUGAACACCUUCAUGUGGGACAACCCCUUCACGGCGCGCCAGCUCGCAGUCCUGCGCGAGCUCGGCAUGUCCAUCGUCCAGCCGGUCACCAAGCGUCUGGCCUGCGGGGACUACGGCAGCGGCGCGAUGGCCGAGCCGUCAGAGAUCUGCAAGACCCUGAUGCUCUUCUUCGGUCCACAACAUCUUUAG